GCCAACUUCAGACGGAGAGGGAAAGAUACAACGCUAAUCGUGCCGGGAAGACGCUUUUAGAAGUGACAGUGAAUUAAACAAAUUAAUUAGGUUUGCAAACGGAACAGUUUGUGAAGAUUAAAGUAACGUCACCUAAAAAAUCAAUAUUACUAUCAAAUACACAAAUGUUGUUUAUUUUUGGCCGAUCGCUGUAUAGGUUAUGCUGGUAAUUUAUGUAUUUUAAAUACCUACGUCUUACAUUUCAUUAAAAAUUUACGAUGGUGUCAACGCGAGGGCCAAAAUUCAAAUUUUCUGACGGAGAAAAAGUGUUGUGCUAUGAACCAGAUCCCACGAAGGCAAAAGUGUUGUACGACUCAAAGGUGCUUGAUGUUAUUGUAAAUAAAGAUCAAAGAGGUAGAAAAGCAGUGGAAUACCUUAUACAUUUCCAAGGUUGGAAUUCAUCUUGGGAUCGUUGUGUGACAGAGGAAUAUGUGCUUAAAGAUACAGAAGAGAAUCGUCAACUUCAACGAGAUUUAGCACAAAAAGCACAGCUUCACAUUAGCGGUGCUUAUUUAUAUCGCCGCGAACGUAAAAAGAGAAGUCACAAAAUGUCAGAACGUCUAACUGAAACAGAGCAUCAAGAACCUCGUCGUAGAGCACGAAGCGGUGGUAGCCGAGCUACAUCGGCUACGACUGGAUCUUCUGAGGAUGGUAGUUCAGGUCAACAUGCUGAUUAUGAUACAGAGGAAGUAAACACAGAAGAAGACACAGAAAGUAGUUCUGAUUAUAUGGGCGAAACAAGUGAUGAUGAAGACAGUGGCGGGGGGGGGCGGGCAGAUCUUGACAUAGGCAGCACAUUAAAACGGAUUUUAGAGCAAGAUUAUGACCUGAUAACUAAUAAAAAUAAGCUUGUUGUACUUCCUGCACAACCUACUGUGAUAAAUAUUCUGGAAUCCUGGGUACAGCAUUUCACUAUGACGCAGUUGACGAAUAUUCCAGAAAAACCCCAGCGUAAUAAAACGAAUAAUACAAUAGAAAAAGCACUGAAUGAAGUGAAUAUAAGCAGAGAAGUCGCGGAUGGCUUACGCAUAUAUUUCGAUUUCACAUUACCUCAUCUCCUCUUGUACAGGCAAGAAAAGGAACAAUAUGAUUCUCUGAAAUCUUCCUUAUCAAACAACGAACAAACGACCAUUAUCCCAAAGGAGGAAUUAAUUGAGAAUUUAGAAAUAUCGACAAAAGAAGAAAUUGAGGAUGCGGAAUAUGCUCAUUUACCUCCUUUUCAAGAACAUGAUUCAGAAAUGGACAAUUCAUGUAAACCUUUAAACAAUUCUAAGCGAAGAUUGCGAUCGUGUCGUGUAAGCUCUGCAGAUGAAAGCCGGCAAUUAAGGUCUUACGACGAAGGAAAGCAGGAUGGUGGCAAUUUAUCAAGUAGCAUAGCAAGUACAAGUUCCCGUUGUUCUAGCCCGCGAGGUGUAACGCUAAGAAUGCCGCCUGUUACAUCCGCUCAAGUAAACAGUUUACUUCAACAAUCGAAUAAGUGGAGGUUAAUGCCUCAAGCUCUAAGGCAAAUCGAAAUUCCAAGUCCCUCCACUUAUUACGGUGCCAUUCAUUUAACUAGAUUAUUUGUUAAAUUACCUGAGUUAUUACAAUCAACAGAUAUAUCCAGCAAAAAAUUGAAAGUGCUUUUAAAAUAUUUAGAUAUGUUUUUAAGUUAUUUGGAAAUGCAUAGAGAGUGGUUCGGAGAACAAUUUUACAUGCAAAUGGAAAAUCGAACAAUAUCGUAAACUAGCAAUGUUUAACAUUAUUUUAUAUUUAUUUUAUGUAUAAUUACAUACUCAAGUAC